UAACAAGCGGACCACAUACACUACCUCUGCUAUAUCUUUAACGCUAUAAUUACGCUACCUUAAAAAUAAACAGACUCCUAGUGUCUCAGAACUGGUUUGCCUAGGGCAUAGCCCACUUAUCCCUGCUCAUGGACGUGUACGCUUGAUGCCAAUUUUAGAACUCACAAAAAUGGAUACCGGCCCGUCGGCAACCGCGCCGUCCACGGAGGACAAAGGUCAGGAUGCCAAGCUGGGCUGGGGUUCACUGCCAGCCCUUGUGCUAGAGACCAUUGGCUCCAUCCUUGUGAAAGAAGAUGGCAACAACGGCCGCUCCGAUGCCCUCCGUGCCCGGAUGGCCUGCAAGCACUGGCACGCCUGUCUCACAUGCUGCAUCAGCAGUGCAACCCUGUACGGCAGCGCCCUCCUCGUCCCGCCCGCACCUCUGCUUCCCCAUCCUCCACCCUCACCAUCACCCUCACCACUGCCAGCAGCAGCUGCACCCGUCUGCGGCUGCUUCGGCCCCUCUCUCACCCACCUCACCAUCUCCGGUCCCUCCUUCCACCUCGCUUGGCUGCCCCUCCUAGCCGCCCACCUGCCCUCUCUCACCAGCCUCUCCCUGCGAGCAGCCCGCUACCACCGCCCCUGGCAUUCCCCACUCCAGCGGGCGGCAACAACAGCAGGGCCUGCAGCUGACGCGGCAGCACCACCGCCGGCGCCAACUGACGCGACUGCGGGCGGUGCAGGGACAGCAGCACACGCACACGCAGGACCCGCAACAUCAGCAGCAGCAGCAGCAGCAGUGGGAGGACAGGUGCCAACACAAGCAGCAGCUGCAGCAGCAGUGGCCAGUCUAGCAGGACUGCCGGUCGGCUCCCUGCACCUCGCCGAAUCCGCCCUCAACCUGCCAUCCGGCUCCCUCACCGCCCUCGUCUCCGCCUCCCUCGCGGCGGCAGGAGCUGACGAGGCACCGCUGCAGCAGCAGCUGCAGGGCGGCGGAGGCUGCUGGCCGUGGGCAUCGAUAUCUGCUGCAGCGGCUGCAGAGACGCCUCAUUCGCCACAGCUUCAGUCGCGAGGACUACGUCGACUUGAGAUUCUCAUCAGCGAUGAUACCCCGCCCGACAUCCUCACUCGCGUCCUGCCACUGCUGCUGCCGCCGCCGCCAGAGCCUGUGGGACCGCCGCCGGCGCCGUCUUGGUCCGCGGCAGCGCUGCCGCCACUUCGAGAGCUGAUUCUGCUACCGGCGACACAUGCGACGCAGGCCGUAUCGGCUGCGGUACAUCAGCAGCAGCACCAGCAGCGCAUGUCGUACUUGGAUCUCGCUCCGCUGUUCUCUGACCCCCGGCUUCGCGGCGUAACGCGGCUGGUGGUGCCGAGCCUGCAGCGCAGGGCGCAUGUGGCAAUGGCGGCAGGAGAGCAGCAGGGCGGGGGUGCGGGUGCGGGGCAGCAGCAGCAGCAGUUACAGCAGCAGCCGGCCGGUCAGGAGGAGGAUGUCGUGCAGCAGUUAGGGCGACUGACGCAGCUGCGGAGCCUGAGUGUGUUGGACCAGGUGGAGCUGGCCUCCUUCGCCCCCGCCUGCCUGACCCACCUGACGGGGCUCAGGCAGCUGAGCUUGUCAGGCGGCGUGUUUGUGGAGGGAGUGGGGGAGCUGAGGCUGCUGACGGGGCUCAAGCUGCUUCGGAGUCUAGAUCUGGACUUCAGGACGGAGUGGUGGCUGGACGCAGGUGACCUAGCGGUUCUCAGCAGGCUGAGCGCACUGCGCCGGUUGCAGCUGUCGCUGGAUUACGGGUUGGACUCAGCGGACUCGGAUUGGGACGUCAUGUAUACACCCCCGCAUGAAGUUGAAGAAGAUGCCGAGGAGGAGGAGGAAGCAAAGGAGGAAGUGGGCGAGGAGGAAGCCAGCGAGGACAAGAACGUAGGCAUCAUGUCUGAUGAGGACUUGGAUCAGUGGUUCUGGUCGGAAGUUAGAGAGGCAUGGCGGCGAGAAGGAGCCCUUGCGAGACUGCGGCAGCAGCGGCAGCCACGGCGACCGCUAGGUAUGAGGUAUCGUAUGGAUCGUCUUUUACGCGGGCCUGGUGGCUCUGACAACUGGCAGAAGGCGCUGGGACCGUUGACGCAGCUGACGUCGCUGGGGCUGCGCCUCCGUCACGGCGGCGGAAGGCACCUGGCGGCAGGGUUGCACGACGCGCAAUGGCUGACGCCGCGACAGCGGAAGUGCCGCCGCCGCUGCCGUAUCGACGAGGACGGCGAAGAUGGCAGCGACGGCGACGACCGGGAUGAUGAAACUGACGGCGGCAACAGUAACGGCCGCAGUGACGGCGGCAGCGGCGGAGACAGCGACGGAGGCGGUGUCGUACUGGAGUUGUACGACGCACCGGAUGUAGCGUUGCUGGAUGUCGACUUCUGGGCCAAGAUCGUAUCGACAGAGCAGCAGGCGUCAACCUCGUCGUCGCCGGCAGCCGCAACAGAGUCGGCGCCGCCACCGCCGCCGCUGCCGCCGCUGCGGAGGCAGCCUACCUGUCGAGCUCCUCCGCUCGUCUCAUUGACCCUCGGCGGCAGUGGCCAACCUCUCCUCUCGUACGGCAACAUCCUUUGCCUGGGGCUCAUGACCGAUCUACGCAGCCUGUCGCUUCGAUUCGAAACCGAACGACGAAUGGGUUUGCAGCGCUUCGUGAUCAUGCGACGACUGGGUUUGCACCGCUGCAGCUACCCUCGCUUCAACCCCCUUGUUGCCUUAUCAAGCCUUCGGCAACUGCGAAAGCUCCAUGUCCUGGUCAAGCAUGAUCCGCAGGGCCAUGGAGGUGGCGGUAGCGGUGGCGAUCAAGCAGGGACGGCGCACGUUGCUGUGAUAGAUGACGAUGUCGUACGGGUAUGGAUGUACGGCAUGCCGUUUCUGCAGGAUCUAAGUCUGCGCGACGCAGGUCGUCUUGGAGAGCGGGGCCUGUCGGCCAUCGGCCUCCACGGAGACCUAAGGAGCCUGAGACUGGACCUUCGGCCCCUCACGACAAUGAAGCAUGCAUCUGCAGCGGCGGCGGCCGCGGCGGCAGCGCUAAAGCGACAGCCGUGGGACAUACAUGAAGGAAAUGCUUCAGGCGGCGGAGGUGACGCCGCUGUUGCUGACACUGCCUCCCGCACCGCUGUCGCCGCUUCAAUGGUCGGCAUCAACGCUAGCGACGAGGGUACUGACAUCUCAUCCGUGCGGAUAGGGUAUGGCAGCUACUACGCCAUUUCCGCGGUGGAGGUAUCUGCGCCCAUGUGCCCUGGCGACGACGGCACGAGCGGCGGAGCAGCUACACCAACUCUGGGAGUGUCGCCGCCGGCGCCUUGGCACUUCACUGCUGCCGUCGCCGCCGCUGCCGGUGCUCCCAAAUGGAAACAGUCAGGCGAUGACGCCGUUGGAAGCCCCGCUGGCGGUAGCAACAGGGGUGGCGGCGGCGGCGGUAAAGGCAGCAGUGGCGGCGCCGCAACAGCUGUCGUACCGGUUUCGGAGCGAGCGGCGGUUCGGGAUCGGCGGUUGGCUGAGGGUGCGAUGCUGGACUCCGAGCUGUUGGCAGCUCUGCCGUACCUCAUUCGGCCGCAUCACCUGCCGCCCUCACUCGCCGCCCUGCACCUCACCAACGCCGUCUUUUCAUCCGAGUGGGCGGCCUUCUGUGCUGCACCCGCGGACCUACAGAAGACAACCACGAAACACGCCAGCGCGGGCUUCCCCGCAGCUGCCACCCCUGCCCAUGCAACAACCCCCGGCUCGGCACCCCCCGGCGAGCAACUUGAGGCAACCCUGAUGCCUCCUGCUCCCUCCCUUCGCCGGCCUUUGGCACGCUUGGCAAGACUGACUCUCCGACGACGGCCCUGCAGCAGCAUAAGCUCGCUUCUUAGGACCCCCCGAAUUGCGGGCCGUUGGAUGGGGCUUCGGAGCGCAAGCAGUGGCGGCGGUGGUGACGUAUCUCAGGCAGCGGGGCAGCCGGUUGGGGACGAGGAGAUUGAGACCGAGGGGGAGGAGGGGGAGGAGGUUGAGAAGGAAGGUGCGGCGCACUUCGACCCCACUCGGCUCACGGACUGGCACCUGGUGUACUUCCUGGGCUGUCAGCCCUGUCUGGCGCACCUGUGGCUGGAGGACCCUGCUGGGAGGGAGCGGGUGACCCACGGGUCAGCAGCUCCCACGGCAUCCGGCUGCGGAUCUGCUGCUGACGAUGGCGGCGGUGGUGGCGGUGGCGGCGGUGCAGGGGUUGCGCCCAAGUUGCACCACCGAGCCAUUGCGCAGCUGGGGAGGCUCCGGUAUCUGGAGUCGCUGACACUCAAAGUAGGCAACAGGCUGCGUUGGAGCGCGCAGGAGGCCCUGUUCGCCCGCCUGCCCCCCGGCCUGCGGCGGCUGCAGCUGCAUGCGGCUGACCUGUACCAGGAGGCGGUGCGGGGCGCCACGCGGCUGACCGACCUCGCAGAGCUGCAGGUUAUUGACUACACAGAACCCAGCUACGUACCCGAGCUAGCGGAGGCAGUAAGGUUCGUACAACGAUCUCUACCGAACUGCUCCGUCGU